AUGGAACUUGCAAGGCGCGCCGUAACGUUGGUAAGAAGCUUUCGACGAUUACCGUCAUUAGCGAUUCGUACCUUGAGAAAGUGUCUACCACUUGUUCCUAUUUGUCUGUUGCUUCUGAUAGUCUUGAGUUUAUGGAUGACACUGAACGAGAUCAACCGAAAGGUGACUCUACUGGCUUCGUCUUCUGUUCUCAGCGAGCCUGAAACGAACGCUGUUAACUACCUAGACCAAGGCUUCUAUUCACAACAUCAAAUUCUUCGCACAAAAUUACGAACUACUGCCACUUGUCCACCAAAAUCGAUUGUUCUCCUUAUUUUGGUAUCGUCGAAUGUCGGGAAUUUUGAAAGGCGCCAGUUAAUACGGAAAACUUGGGGCGCUGAUCACUCAAUCGAAAGCAAAUGGAAAACAGUUUUUCUAAUGGGAAAGAACAACAUUGAGAGAGAAAUGGAAAACGCUACGGCUGAGGCCAGAGUAUUCGGCGACAUCAUACAAAGCGAUUACCAAGAACACUUUUGGAACAUGAGUUACAAAGUUGCGAUGGGAUUCGAAUGGGCGGUCAAAUAUUGCAAUUUUUAUUUCAUUCUUAAAGCAGAUGACGAUGUAUUUGUAAAUACUCUCGGUCUGGUGAAUUUUCUAACUAAACAUACAACGCCCAUGAUUAAAUUAUACACUGGUAAUAUCAUGGUUGGCAGUCCUGUUUUGAGAAAUGGAAGAUAUGGUGUUACUCCCGAGGAAUACAAUGAAACCGUUUAUAAGCCAUAUUGUAGCGGAGGAGGUUAUGUUUUGUCACGCGACGUGGUGGAAAAGUUAUUGUGGUAUUUUGACGUUUUAAGGCCUCUUAAAAUCGACGAUGCGUACAUCGGAAUAUUAGCAGCAAAAGCCGGAGUUAAAGUGACUCAUAAUGAACACUUUCGCAUGUACGAGAACAAAUGUGAAUACAGAGAAACUACUUUGGUGCAGCAUCCAGCGCGAGGAGACUGCGUGAUAAUGCUUUACCACAGAAUGAUAGGCUGGAAAAGCAAGAUGAAACAAAAUGAAUAG